AUGGUGGCAACCUCACGGUCUCGAGGUGUAUACAGCUUGACAGAUGUGACCCCAGCCCGGACGAUUUGGGUAUACCGUAAUGGUGAUCCCUUCUUUGUGGGGAGGAAGUUCGUGGUCAACCAUCGAUACGUUCCCACCUUUGAAGCCUUUAUGAUCCAACUGAAUGAAGGGGUGCCAACACCUUUUGGGGUGAGGAAAGUGUACACACCCAGAGAUGGGCAUUGCGUUAAUGACCUGACUGAUGUGCACUCAGGAGGCAAAUAUGUGGCUGCUGGAAGGGAAAAGUUUAGGAAACUGAAUUAUUUUGGUAUAGGGGCAAAAAAACCUCGAAGAAAGAAGAAGGAUGAGGUGAUCCGACCAGUAGUCCACAGUAACAUACAAGUACCUUCCAAAUGGCAAUCAGUCUAUAAUAAGCCACACAUUCUUAAUGUUUUCACAAAUGGAGAUACGUUGAUAGCACCUGUAAAAAUUCUUAUACCCAGGUUUACUCUGACGAAGUGGGAUCGUGUCCUUGCUGUGAUAAAUGAAAAAGUACUGCUUCGCUCUGGAGGUAUUCAUAGGCUGUACACUUUACAUGGCCAACUUGUACAUGGACCAGAGGAGUUAGAAGAUAAUCAGUUUUAUGUGGCAUGUAGUAAAGAGAAAUUUCAGUCUUUGCCCUACUGGCAGCAUCCUAAAGUUCCAGAGAAUAUUCGGCGAAUUUCUAGCAGAAUUCUUGACAGCAGAUCUGCUUCAGUUAGCUGUGUAUCUGACACAGAGGUCACUUUCAGAUACAUAACAAAAUCUGAGUGGAAUUUUGAUGGCUGGACUCCAGAAUCUCCAAAGUCCCCCAAAAGAAAAAAGAAAUCAGAUUUUCCUCAAAUCACAAAAGGCUCAGAAGACCGGCAGAAUCAGGUGGACCAAAAACGACAGUUUCAGGAAUUGGGCAACCACAUCAGCCAUUCAAAGGCCUCUACCCACCUCCUUCCUGCUCAGGUAUCCAGCUCCUUAUUGGCAUCAUUCUUGGGGGGUGGUAGUGCUUGGACUGGAGUGGAAGAAGCUGGCAAGAUCCUCAUUGGCCCUGAGUGGCUGGAGGCAUGCUUAAGUGGAUAUAGCAACCUGGAUUCAGAGCCCAGAGGGCUUGAUCUGAGCAUGUCUAGUGGAACAAAUCUCAGAAUGCUAAACAGGAUUAGACCAGGAUUUUGGGCAGUCAGUUAA